AUGACAUCCAGAAAUGGGUCAUGCUGUCGACUAAGGGAAUUUUGUCUCGAGGCCGCCAGAGAUAUCUCGUCCGACUGCGCGGGCGGUGAUGUUGAGCCACUCAGCGAGGUCGCAGGCUGCGAAAGGCCCCUUGUAGAGCUUCUCGGCCGCCAAGCGACCAUUGUUGCAAAGGGUGCCCCCUUCGAUGCUGAGUCCUUUACGCUCGUCUCAAGGAGGGUUGACGAUCUAAUCUCCAUCUCGUACUCCAAGUUCUACGCUUAUAUCUUCAAGGAUCUGCCCGUUUGCUGGAGGGUAUUAUACACGGAUGCCAGCAUCUUGAAGUUCUCCGUUCUCUUCCUGGCAUCCUCUUUGGCAGCGGACAAUUGUUCCGUUCCACCGGCUCUCCCACCCAAGCCCGAUGAUGCCCUGCUGGAACAACUUGUCCAGCCCCUUGAUCUUGCUAUCAUUCUUGCGGGCGCUGCGGGAACCAAGAGAGGCCGUCGCUGGGUAGAGCAAGCAUUUUGCCUACUUGACAUGAUUUUCAAUACACAGCAAUUCGAUGCAGGUUCAGAGUCUACUGCUAUGAACACCCGAGAUGAUUCUCAUCUUUCCAAGCGACUGAAGCUAUCUCAAAGCAACGCUUCGCUUAAUGUCUGGGAUGCGCAUGCUUCAUUCAAACCGACUGAGCCAUUCACGCCACCAGUCAAGAAUCCCGUGAUGAGGGUUGGACAACUCUCCUUGGAAUCGUUCCAGUUCUACAUGGACAGACCUACCAACUUAGAUCUUGGUCCCGAGCCUUUGAUCAUCACCGGCGUCACGGAUGACUGGCCAGCUCGCACCACAAACCCAUGGUGCAAGCCUGCUUACCUGCUGUCACGUACUCUCAACGGCCAACGUUUAGUUCCCGUGGAAACUGGGAGGAGUUAUGUUGACGAGGGCUGGGGUCAGAAGAUAAUCCCGUUUGCCGCUUUCUUGGAGGGCUACAUCGACCGUUCGGCAAUCUCUUCCUCGUCGGAUCAUGACAGCAGCAACAGCAAACAAGCAGUGGAUUGUAGCACGACAGGAAGCUUGCACGAACAGGCGCCCAUAGCUUACCUAGCCCAACAUCAGCUAUUCGAACAACUGCCCAGCUUGCGAGACGACAUCCGCAUACCAGACUAUUGCUAUACUGCACCUCCACCCCCACCAGCAUCGAUGUUUGCCACGACGGAACAGCGACCACCCGAGCUCGAGGAUCCCAUCUUGAAUGCCUGGUUUGGACCGCCCGGGACGAUCACGCCUUUGCAUACGGAUCCGUACCACAACAUGCUCUCUCAGGUCGUGGGACGCAAAUACGUCAGGCUUUAUUCUCACCUGCAGACCCCUCACAUGGCCGCCCGAGGGGUGGAGGAUGGGGUUGAGAUGAGCAACACCAGCCACUUUGACGUUGGGGUGAUGGAAGGAUGGGACGAGGCGAACGGUCGAGACCAGGAUGAUGGCCGGCCGGACACUGUCGAAUUUAGGGACAUUCCAUUUUUAGACUGCAUCCUGGAGCCUGGAGAUACCCUCUACAUUCCCGUAGGCUGGUGGCACUACAUUAGAGGCUUGAGCGUAAGCUUUAGUGUCAGUUUUUGGUGGAACUGA